CAGAGUCUCUGAGGUGAACACUGAGUCCGGACCUGCAGCCGCCUCACCUGGACACAAACAAGACUCUGGAAGAUGCAUAAACAGUAUACGUCCGUGAGUCCCACUGAUGACCUCAGUGUGAAGACUGAAAAUGGACCUCAAGCGAAGAAAUACCGCUACGUCCGUAAAGAAGGCAACUGUAACGUCGUCUUCCGCCACGUUCCCGAGGAGUGGCUGCUGUUUGUGACCGACAUCUUCACGACCCUGGUGGAGAUCAGGUGGAGGGUGAUGUUCCUGAUCUUUGCCUUGUCGUACAUCCUGUCCUGGCUCUUCUUCGGCAUCCUCUUCUGGGUCAUCGCCCUCGCGAACGGAGACGUCAGAGAUCACACCAACGAUCCUUGCGUCUACGAGGUGCGCAGCUUCACCGCUGCUUUCCUCUUCUCACUCGAAACUCAAACCACCAUCGGCUACGGUUUCAGAGGGAUGUCCGAGAACUGCAUGAUCGCCAUCAUCAUCGUCACCAUCCAGGACGUCAUGAGCUGCUUCAUUGACACCUUCGUCAUUGGAAUCGUUGUGGCCAAAAUGGCUUCGGCCAGAAAGAGGGCGCAGACGGUGGGCUUCAGCAACUGUGCCGUCAUCAACCUUCAUGACGGUUACCUUUGCCUCUCCUGGAGGGUCGGGGAUUUCCGGAGGAACCACCUGGUGGAGGGGACGGCUCACGCUCAGAUGGUUCGCUCCACAAUGCACGCCACCGGGAAGGUCGACGUCACUUACGAGGACCUGGUCAUCCAGCAGAGGGACCUGGUCCUGGUCACACCUACCACCAUCUUCCACAGGAUCGAACCCAGCAGCCCGCUGUACAAGAUGAGUCUGGUGGAUCUGCGGAAAGCCGACUUCGAGCUGGUGGUGUCUUUCACCUACACCGAUGACACCACAGGGAUGCUGCAUCAGACCCGAACCUCGUACACUCCAGCUGAGAUCCUGUGGGGUCAGCUGUUCCAGGAGAUGAUCCGGGUCACCAGGAGGAACUACCGGGUGGAUUACACAUUGUUCAAUCACACUGCUAAGGUGCUGGUUCCUGAGGUCAGCGCUGAGGAGUAUGAACUCAAGAAGCAGCUGCGGCCAUCCCCUCGACAUUCGCCGCGACAUUCGCCCCGACUUUCACCCAGAUGUUCCCGACGACCCUCUCCAUGCCCAGAGCGGCAAAAAAACGAGGAAAACCUUCUGAAACCUCCAACAGUGAUGGUUGAACUUGUGAGCGACGGCCGCCUCGAACCAACUGCUUCAACAUGUCAAGCAGCCGGUCAAGAUGCUUUGACUUUACCGAAUGACCCCACGAGGGCAGAAAUGUAAAAGCAGAGCCAUCAGGGUUGAGAUUUUUCGGAAAUACACUCGCCAUUUCUUCAGAGAGACCUCUGUUAAGGAGAAACAUCGAGGACAAUAAUGAAUCUCAUUUACUGUGAGAGUGAUGAAAGUUUUGAGCUUAUUAAUGCCAUUUGUUACCAAAUCAUGUCUGUUUUAGUUUUUAAUACUCAACGUUUGUAGGCUUGACAAAAGCACUGAUGGGUUAUUUCCGAUCAUCAGGGGUCUGCUGCUCCACCAUCUUUAAUUUGCUGAAACAAUUUCUUUAUUAUUAUAAACUAUGGAUAUUAAAAAUAAUAUCUCUGUUGAUACUGAAGUAAAUAGUUAGUCCCACUCAGGCUCAGGUCUUUAUAAAUAUUCAUAUUUUAUGCUGUUAAAAUUUCUGAAAAUUAGAAAUGGUCGAGCGGUAAUUAAAAAUGUUGAUGACAUGAGGUGAAGAGACCCUCAUUUAUUCCUAUUACAGCUCCUGAAGUUGUGGGUUUCAAAACAUAACAGCAUUUUAAGUUUGAUCUUGUGUCGGAUUUUUCAUUUCAUAACCAAAACCACAGCCAGACAGCUCGGUAAAGGAUGACAACAACUCUGCCGAUGAAGACGAACUGAUGCUGCUGAUGAGAAGAUCGUUUUAGAGCAGAACCAAAGCAGGGACACGACAAAGUCUUUCGUUCGUUGAGCGUCAGACCCUGAAGCUGAGAAACCAAAACGCUGGAGGAGCCUCGUCUGUCCGUCCACGCUCGACCACAAACCAGCAGUGGGGUGCAACAAACACAACACGAACCUGAUUAGUGAACACUGUUGACUGAUGUGGGUUUGGUGUCACUCUAUGAGAAGCUAAAAACGUUUUUCUGACAUCUUUAAACGGCAAUCAUAUUUUGGUGUGCUUGUUCAUGUGAAUACACUCUAAAAGGGAGGCGCAAAGUGCUUAAAAAUGGAGAUUUAAACACCUGAACCUGCAUCAUGUGAUACACUCCAGAACUCCUGGACCUUGUGGUGGACUCGUUUUAAAUCUACUACGCUUUGUUGUUACCUGACUGUGACUCCAGAGGUCACGUUUGUAAUGUAAAGUUUAAAGUCUAGUCAGUGCUGAUAGUAAAUAAAUGUCCCGUAUUAUGGGUCAAGUCAUCGUAGGUUAUGUGAAACACACGGAGAGGGUUUUCUUUAUGUUUGUGGUGGUGGAAUCUCUUGUUUAGUAUUUCAAACAGACAUUUUUAACAAACCGUCUCACACAGAAAUGACGGAUUUGUGAGAAAGCGUGUUUGAUUUUUACAUUAUGAGUGUCUGUUGGCACACACGGACCCACUGUUUUUCUAAAAUAUGAUAACGAUACUGCUUUUAAGUCGAUACCAGUGUCCAGAAUUUCAAUAAAGUUGACGUUUAAAUGUG